AUGAAGAAAGCUUUUUCAAGUUCCGCUACAGAUGCGACUGAAGAGGGCCUGCAGAAGAUCCUUCAGCAGCUGGGCAAGACGCUCCCCUUGAAAACUGCCUUCAGCCUCGACACAAGCGUGAGUGAUGGCUUGAAGUACUUCCGCAGCUACGAGUACACCCACCCCAAUGUGAAGCCGUCGAGCCUGCUGCAUGUAUAUAGCACAGGCAAUGAAAACGAGAUAUUCCUCGUGGGCUAUGUUGUUUUGCAUGUACCGACAGGCCAAGCCAAAUAUAAGGAGUCCGAGCAAGCUUUUACGAAGGCGCACGACGGCACGAUUGACUUCGCGAGUCGGGUAGUAUGCACUGGCGCCCACCCUCGAAGGGGUGCCAUAGAGCUCCUGGGAUACAACCUGCUCCAGUGGCUUUGUUGUCGACUGCAUCGGGAGGACAACCUCAAGAACCCCAAAUACAUCACCCAGCAGAAGAGCCGGCUGAUAGAAAACAUCCGCCAUCUCAUGAGCAAAUGCUUCCUACAUGAGAACAUUCCAUGCAGCAUGAGAGCUCCUGAAGUACGAUACCACGCUAAUUGUAGACCCACCACGCAACUCACGGCGAAAGUGGUUCUUUGA